AUGUCCCCCAGCGAGCGCACCAUCCACGACCUGAACAUCACACUCAACAUCACCCGCCUGCGCUCCGAGCUCUCCGCCCUCCACAGCACCCUCUCCCGCUACCGGUGCUGGCUGCACACCAUCCCCGCGCACAAGUCCUACGCACCGGCCUACUACGCCUAUCUGUGCCGCAGCUACCCCAGCGAGUGCGCCGAGCCCGACUACGAGAAGGACGCGGCCGAGAAAGCGCUCGCCCGUGUUGCAGAGAUGGAGGUCGAGAUUGUAAGGCUGGGGGCCCUGCUGGGACGGUAUGAGGCGGUGCUGGAGGAGUCGAAGAGGGCUGUGGAGGAGGAGGAGAGGGCGCUGAUGGAGGGGUUGAAGGCGUAUCGGGCGGCAUUGGAGCCGUUGAUUAGGAAUGGGAUGGAGAAGCAGGUGGUGGGGACGGAGAAGCAGGUGGUCGGGGUGGAGAAGAAGGUGUUGAAGAUGGAACAGGGCCCCCCGGACACGGAGCCGGAGGAGGUGAAGGCUGAGGGAGGGGAGGGGCAGGUUGACGGGGAGUACGAAGCCGACGACGAAGGCCCGUUCCCGGGCUCAGGGGGCUGGGCUGGUUUUCUGGCUCUCCCUAUCUGGUGA